UCAUUCAGUUUCCCAAGAAGUGUCUCUGUCAUUGUGCAGUAGAUAAGCCACUCUCUCUCUAUAUUAUAAACGAGAUUCUCCCAUUAGUGAGGUUACUUCAACAAAGAGAUCUUUUGAUUUUCUGGGAUUCAUCGAGAAGAGUUUGAAAGUGAAAAAGAGAGAUUCCCAUGGCUGAUUCUACCACCACCACCAAACUCUGUUUGGUCUCUGUUUUCUUACUCUUAGGGCUUGUCUCCUCGUCUUUCGACUUGCAGGGUGUUAAAGCAGAAAAUCUAUCCAAACAGAAACUGAACUCGAAGAUACUUCAGGAAGAGAUUGUGAAGAAAGUAAACCAAAAUCCAGACGCUGGAUGGAAAGCUGCUAUAAAUGAUCGAUUUUCCAACGCAACAGUUGCAGAGUUUAAGCGUCUCCUCGGGGUGAAACCAACUCCUAAGAAGCACUUCUUAGGUGUUCCUAUCGUAAGCCAUGAUCGAUCUUUGAAGCUACCUAAAGAAUUCGAUGCUAGAACCGCUUGGCCACAAUGCACCAGUAUUGGAAACAUCUUAGAUCAGGGACAUUGUGGUUCUUGCUGGGCAUUUGGUGCUGUUGAAUCACUAUCUGAUAGAUUCUGUAUCGAAUUUGGAAUGAACAUUUCUUUAUCAGUAAAUGAUCUCUUAGCUUGUUGUGGAUUCCGUUGUGGCGAUGGUUGUGACGGUGGCUACCCAAUUGCUGCUUGGCAAUACUUUUCCUAUAGCGGCGUUGUCACUGAAGAGUGUGAUCCAUACUUUGAUGAUACCGGUUGCUCUCACCCUGGAUGUGAACCAGCAUAUCCUACACCGAAAUGUAUGCGGAAAUGCGUUAGUGGAAACCAGUUAUGGAGUCAAUCCAAACAUUACAGUGUUAGUACAUACACUGUUAAAUCUAAUCCACAAGACAUCAUGGCAGAGGUUUAUAAGAAUGGACCUGUUGAAGUCUCUUUUACUGUUUAUGAGGAUUUUGCUCAUUACAAAUCUGGAGUAUAUAAGCACAUAACAGGUUCUAACAUUGGAGGUCAUGCUGUUAAACUUAUUGGUUGGGGAACUACUGAUGAAGGCGAAGAUUAUUGGUUGUUGGCAAAUCAAUGGAACAGAAGCUGGGGAGAUGAUGGUUAUUUCAUGAUUAGGAGAGGAACAAAUGAAUGUGGAAUUGAAGAUGAACCAGUGGCUGGUUUGCCUUCAAGCAGGAAUGUGUUUAAGGUUAUUACCGGUUCAGAUGAUCUUUCGGUUGCUUCGGUUUAAGAUCAAAGAGGAAAAGUUUGUAUCUGUUAGAUAUAUGUUACUUUGUUGUUGUUGUUGUUUCCGGUUAAAGAUUUCGGUAACGGGAACUUGUUUGCCGUGAAAAUGUUAUAGAAAUAAAUAAUGCAACAUAAAGCAAAAAUAAAAUAUGGUUUUUAGCUUCUCUCGUAACUUCGAAUACGUAUAGCUCUGUAGUUGUGCACAGGCACUUUUAUAAGAAAAUCAUAAUUCU